AUGGACUCCUUUGUGAAUUAUCUCAAUAUCUCUGUGUCAACAAGCAGUUUCGACCCAGAUGCGCCAGAUUUCAGGAAACCAACGACGCGAGUGGCUACUACACAACUUUUCGUGGCUAGUCUGUUAGGUCUUUUUGCGUUCCUCUCUUUUUCGAUGCUUUUAAAGAAGUUUCCUAGGCUCUACGCAAGCCGGAGGUAUAAGAUAGAAAACUUACCCACAUGGGAUCAAGCUAAGCUCUUCAGCUGGAUUCCCAUUUUAUUCCAAAUCGAUGAUUCGCAAGUAUUGGAGUUUGCUGGAUUGGAUGCCUUUGUGUUUCUAGGUUUUUUUAAGAUGUGCAUCAAACUACUUUCCGUAUACUGUUUGAUAUCGAUGACAGUAAUAUCGCCGAUUCGCUAUCACUUCACUGGUAGGUAUGACGAUGGCAAUGAUGAUCAAGCCAUAUACAAGAGAAUUGUUUCGAUUUUCACUACUGAUUUUGAUGAACCAGAUACUAGUCCCGAGACAGUUGAGAUGUAUCUCUGGAUGUAUGUCGUGUUUACGUUUUUCUUCACAUUAUUAGCAUUAUACCUGUUAGUGAGACAAACUAAGAUGGUAGUAGAUACCAGACAAAAAUAUUUAGGCAGACAAAAUACGGUGACGGAUAGAACGAUAAGAAUUACGGGAAUACCGAUGCAAUUACGAAAUGAAAGAGAUCUAAAAAAAAGAAUUGAAGAUUUAAAAAUUGGUAAGGUUUCCUUUGUUACAAUUUGCCGUGAGUGGGGUUCUCUUAAUAGUUUAUUUCACUACAGAAAGCUUAUACUAGAACAGUUAGAAGUUAAAAUCAGCGAAUGCCCAUAUGAAGUGAGAAAUGCAAUAUAUAAUGAUGAACGUUAUAAUUUGAGACGAAGGGAGGCUACUGAGACAGAAUCUAUGGGAGAUAACGAUGAACAUCAGCAAGAAGAGCAUGCUUCUGUUCCAGAAAGCGAUAGCAAUGAGUUAUUCGGGGAGAUACAGCUAGCAAAAAGACCAGUUAUGAGAACAGGGUUCAUGGGGCUGUUCGGAGAAAAAGUAGACGCUAUCAAAUACCUACAGCAGCAGCUUGAGUUCAUUGAUGAGGAAAUCAAAGAAGCGCGUAAGAAGAACUAUCCUCCUACACCAACUGCUUUUGUGACCAUGGAUUCCGUCGCAAAUGCGCAAAUGGCAGCUCAAGCUGUACUAGAUCCAAGAGUUCUCUAUUUUAUUACCCGUCUAGCUCCUGCUCCUCAUGAUAUCAACUGGGACAAUAUUUCAUUAUCUAGACGAGAGAGACUUUUCAAAGUAUAUUCAGUGACGGUCUUCAUAGGAAUUUGCAGUGUAUUUUUGGUUAUUCCUGUUUCUUAUUUAGCUACUUUACUAAACUUGAAAACAAUCUCCAAAUUCUGGCCAGGGUUGGGGAAGUUUUUAAAGGAUAAUGAUUGGGCCCAAAACCUUGUAACUGGAUUAUUGCCAACAUAUAUUUUUACCUUAUUCAAUGUGGUUAUCCCAUAUUUCUAUGAAUUUUUGACAAAAAGACAAGGUAUGUUAUCAUACAGUGAUGAAGAGCUCUCUCUUGUGUCCAAGAACUUCUUUUAUAUCCUUGUUAACUUGUUCUUAGUGUUCACAUUGGCUGGUACUGCUUCGAACUAUUGGGGAUAUUUAAGUGAUACAACAAAAAUAGCUUAUCAGUUGUCGACUUCAGUGAAAGAGUUCUCUUUAUUCUAUGUUGAUCUAAUCAUAUUCCAAGGGAUUGGUAUGUUUCCCUUCAAAUUAUUGUUGGUAGGCAGCUUGAUUGGAUUUCCUUUUGUGAAGAUACAGUGUAAAACGCCUAGACAAAGAAAGGAACUUUAUAGUCCUCCUGUCUUCAACUUCGGAUUGCAACUUCCCCAAUCAAUUUUGAUUUUCAUCAUCACAUUGAUAUAUAGUGUCAUGAGUACCAAAAUUCUUGCUUCUGGUUUAGCUUAUUUCAUUAUAGGCUAUUAUGUUUACAAGUACCAACUCAUUUUCGCUAUGGAUCACUUGCCUCACUCUACUGGUAAGGUAUGGCCAUUAGUUUACAGAAGAGUAAUAUUAGGACUUCUGUUAUUCCAACUUACCAUGGCUGGUACCUUGGCUGGUUUCCAAGGAGGUUGGAUUCUAUCCUCAUGCCUCUUUCCUUUGCCAUUUAUCAGCUUAAGUUUCUGGGUUGAUUUUGAGAGAAAUUAUCUUCCACUCUCUAAGUUCAUUGCACUUAGUGCAAUUAGAGAACAUGAAAGGGAUAAUUCCAUGGUAUGCAAUGUAGCAGAAACAGAGAACUAUGAGUAUCCAUUUUUGAUUACUCCCUUGGAAAGUCCCAUGAUGGAAUGA